CACCGGUUUUAUUUUGGAGGGACGCUCAGUUUGUCGUGUUUCCUGUCAGAAGUGGUUCAACGACGGAGCAUCAAAACAAUGCAUCUUAGCUAAGCUGCGGCCGCACAGUUUAGCCGGAGCUCAGCGGAAACGUCUGCACGCAGCGCCGCUCCGCCUCGCGCUGUCUCACGGCGGACCGAGGCGCCCUCGUUCGGGGCCGUUUCUGCGCUUUUGUUCCCGGGGCGGAUGGACGUGGAGGCGGCUAACGGGCGUGUGCUGCUCGGCAGCGGCUGAAGCCAGAGGCGGGACGCGGAACAAAGCGCUCGGACCCGGGCUUCCGCCGCAGCAUGGCGGAGUAGGCGUCCGCCGGCCGCGCGGCUUCGACCCCCGCCCACGGACGCGCUUCGGCCGGGCCGCUCGCCAUGGCCGCGGGCUCGCUGGUGGCGGCCUGCCGCAGCCUGGCCCUCUCGACGUGGCUGCUCUCCUUCUGCUUCGUCCACCUGCUGUGCCUGGACUUCACCGUGGCCGAGCGCGAGGAGUGGUACACCGCCUUCGUCAACAUCACCUACGUGGACCCGGCCACGUCGGAGCUGCGCACCGAGAGGACGGAGUGCGGCCGCUACGGGGAGAACUCGCCGAAGCGCGACGCCAAGGGGCUGGUGGCGCUGCCCGCGGCGCCGCACGACCGCCAGGCCUGCGACCCCAGCACGCGCUUCGCCGUGCCCGCGCAGGCCGCGGCCUGGAUCGCGCUGGUCGCCCGGGGCAACUGCACCUACAAGGACAAGAUCCGCCACGCGGCCGCGCACAACGCCUCGGCCGUGGUCAUCUUCAACGUGGGCUCCGCCAACGCCAACGACACCAUCACGAUGCCCCACGCAGGAGAACUGGCCUCCUGCAGUAAUAAACAGUCCCCAUACACAUACGAGGCGUUCAGGGACCCUACAGAGGGCACAGGUGAGGUCAUCGCCAUCAUGAUCCCGGAGCCCAAAGGCCGGGAGGUGGCUUUGCUGCUGGAGCGCAACGUGACCGUCACCAUGACGAUCACCAUCGGGACGCGGAACCUGCAGAAGUACGUGAGCAGGACGUCGGUGGUGUUCGUCUCCAUCUCCUUCAUCGUGCUGAUGAUCAUCUCGCUGGCCUGGCUCGUCUUCUACUACAUCCAGAGGUUCCGAUACGCCAACGCACGCGACAGGAACCAGCGCCGACUUGGAGAUGCUGCGAAGAAGGCCAUCAGCAAGCUGCAGGUCCGCACCAUCAGGAAGGGCGACCAGGAGACGGAGGCAGACUUCGACAACUGCGCCGUGUGCAUCGAGGGCUACAAGGCCAACGAUGUGGUCCGCAUCCUGCCCUGCAGACAUUUAUUCCAUAAGAGCUGUGUGGAUCCGUGGCUGCUGGACCAUCGCACGUGUCCCAUGUGCAAGAUGAACAUCCUGAAAGCUCUGGGCAUCGCUCUGAACGCAGACUGCCUCGACGACCUGCCCCUCGAGUACGACUUCACCAUGGCCGGCAGAGGUGGGAUCGGUGGAAUGGGCAACGUUGGGGUCCUGGCCCUGGAGGCGGUGGUCUCGGGGGCGUUGAGCGACGGCAUGCUGAGAGAAGGGGGCUCAUCGGUGGUGCUGGACCCAGGCGUGAGGCGAGUGGGACUCCCACAGGACUACCAGGACCCGGACACCCUGAGAGACAGUCCUGUGACUGCCACCACGGACACACACACAGGGGAGCUGCAGCCGAUGGCGAGCAGCGCCUCAGUGGCGUCGCUGGUCAUCGCCAUGGAAACCGGCCUGUCAGACGAGGAGGAGUCCAUGGAGCAGCCUCAUCUGGGAGACAAAUCCUGAAAGAAGCACAAGCGAACCAAAUGACUCCUGGGCCAAAACGAACUGAAUCAGGUUAAAUGAACAAGGCUGAAGGUCCAGAUCUGAAACUAGAACCAAACCAAACGACAAGAGACGGGUCAAGGGCUUGGUUCUGGUUUUCACCACGUGGAAGCUCAAUCCAGAACCAGCACCAAGGUUUGACUGGGGUUUCUCUGUCUAGACCAAACCAAACUGAACCGACGCUGGGCUUGGAUCAGGCUGACUGUAGUUUCUCACAGCGCUGGACCUCAACCAGCCCACGCUUCCUUCCAUAUGUGCUGUAUCUGCCACAAACUCCCACAGAGACGGAAGGAGUUAAAAUCUAAUACAAUUUUGUGAAAAUGGUCUUUACAUUUGUGUCCUAAUGAGUCCAUGGACUUCUAACCUGGAGGACCGUGCUCUGCUGGUGAACAGGCUUGAGCCAGAAACAGUCAGCGUCCAAGAGGAAACAUUUUUAAAGUCUAAUAUUCACCAUUAGUCAGUGAAUCUAGAGGAACGUGAAGAUGCAUGACAACGCCAGACACUAGGCAGGACUCUGGAUUUUCUGCAGGACUUGUCUCUGGACCUUUGUGGACUGGUUGCAGGUAGAGGCCCGACAGCUAAACCCACCACGGCAGACGAGGACGCGGCGGUGUCUUAUUGUGGUUUACAUUUUGUUGCUUUAGCUCACGGUAGCUAACGGUGGACGCUCCUUGUAGACGAGUGAGACAUCCGUCUUGGUUUACAAAGGAAGAUUUAUUCUGAAAAGACCCCCCUUCCACUGUUAGAGGUUCCGUGUCCUGGCAGUAUUACAGCAUUGGCUGCACUUUUUAAUUUUAACUACACAAUGUUUUUAUUCAGUCUGGUUUAAAAGGCUCUUGCGUACGUCUAGAAACGCUGAAUGCCUCUAGCCGAGGGUUGAGCAGCGUGUAAUCCCAAAUAAUGUAGAACAAUCCUAAUGUUUGAUUAAAGGGCACAGAGGGAUUGAGCAAAUGUGAAGCCCAGAACAUGACCUGACCACUGUCGCUUGAUGUGUGACUGACGAACCAGUGACUGUACUCUACAACCAACCCCUGAUGAGUUCAACCUGUACAGUGUCUGUUGGCGGUUCUGAGGUCCGACGUGUCUCGUGCCUCCGUGGACACUGACCUUUCUGUCGCAGUCAUUGCUUCUUCAGUGGACGAGACCGGAGACAAAGUCCUCCAUCAUUCAGCGGCUUUAGCGUGUGGCUAACGCUAACGUGAGGCUGAGCUAGUGAAGCACGUGGAGCGUCUUCAGUGUUCUUACUCCGGUUCGAAGCAGUUUUCAGAACGGCACCAAACUGAACGUCUUUGUGAACCUAUGUGUGACGACACAAACGUCUGAGCCGUGUGAACCUGUCCUUCCACAUCGAAGGCUCAGACCUUCCUCCGUCUUCCACUGUGGUUGUAACCUUCAAUGACCUUUGUCCAAACGUUCUGUGAUGGUUCAACUUAAAUAGCGUCCGUCUGUCCGUCUGUCCACGUGUCUGUUACCGUGGCAACGCGCUGCCUUCGUAGCCCGCAUUUUACCUUCAUGACCUGACAAUCAGGGAUCAGAUCUGUCACUUGUUCAUCAGCGAUGACUGUUUUCAAUCAUGUAGUGUUUACUGCCAUUAGAAUCAUCCAGAGGUUCAGCCACAUCACUGACUCAUUAAUUACAGCUGUUACCUGUCAGUCCGUGUGUUCACAGCUGUAGAGAUUUGGCAACGAAUCCUCCCUGUUUCCACGUAGCAGGUCCUGUCAGAUGGAGUAGAGACCCGGGUGGAGCUUCCUGAAACCAAGAGAGUUAAAGAUUGUCGUCUAUUUUGAUACCAGAGGAGACGUUUAUUUUUGUAAUGAAGUCGCUCAGCAUCAGACUGAUUUCCCUCAGUACUGACGGCUGGUGAGUCGUCUUCAGGCUGCAGUGGAUUGUGUGUGUAGUUGUACAUAGAUCCAGCACAGAGACGCUGAACGCUGUCUGAUGAAACCAGUGAAGCUGAUCGCAGGCUCUGGAAUGAGUCCCGUUUCUCUGCACUGACGCAGAAUUGGUUUAGAACUUGAUAAAACCGCUGUAACGCUUGAAGCUGGUGUCCUGACGGGAACCACAGUCUCAGCUGUUGAUACACGUGAUGGGAGGAGACAAGCGCUUCUGUCCCAGUUCUGCCUGUGACGUCUUUUCCUAUUUUGAAGGUUCUUCCUGCUUCGCGCGGUCUUUUCUCUGUUCAGCUUCAGUGACCGGCUCAGACUUAGUCCUUUGCUUAUCAAACACUAGUUAAUUGAAACACUGGUGAAAUCGAUGCAGUUGCUAUUUGCUGUAAUAUAUGAAGGUGACGGAUUUGUGUGUGUAGUUGGUGAUGUUUUAAUUAAAGUCACUUCAUUUGUGUUGCAAGCUUUAUUUCCAUCUGAUUAAGGUCCUGUUUUCACUCCUGCAUCGUUUGGUUUUUUGAAUGUGAGCGAGUCGGCGGCCACAGUGACGGUCCCUGGAGAUGAACCGUAGGUUACUGCCUGUGAACAUUCAAAUUCAGUGGUUCCACGUUCAUAAUCAGGUUCCUGUCUGCACACAAAACUGAACACUUCAAAUCUCUGUAGAAAGAUGUUUGUUUUUUAAUAUCUACGCCAAAAACAGGAGCAUGUAGCAAUAAAGCGUGGGGGGAAAAAAACGGCGGCAACUGUUUGAAGACAAGUAAAAUAACACUUUCAUUUACCAAGCUGAUAAAUGGAACAUGUGUUCAGAUUUAUCAUGUGAUUCUGACCAUGAUAAAGUGCUCAGAGCCCUUAAAGAUGUUAUCGAUUCACUACACUCAACAUAUAGAACAAUUCAUUUGUUAGUGAAACGUGAACUUUAAUGCUGCAAACAGCUUGGUUACAUUUCAUAACUACCACAUUUCUUGUGUUUAAGGAACUUGGUGAUAAACGAUCUUCAUGUUCUGACAGUGGCGACGCCUCAUUGAUCGUGUUAAUUUCCUCCAUGCUGUUUUUAUUUCCUGUUGUUGGUGCACUUUAAUUUGGUUUCUCUAAACGUCUCUUGCCUUUUAUCUUCCUUUUUCUGCCUUCUUUUAUCUGAUUCUCUCUCUGCAAGACUUUCUCCUGCUGCUCUUUUGUUUGUGUGAUGUCACCUGCAAAUCAGAACGAUGACGAUGGAUUUCCUAUUAGUCUUUCAGAGCCAGAGCUGAUCGAGGUGUGUUGGGUUGUUCUAUGUUGUUUUGUUUGUAUUGUCCUGUGCGCACACACACACACACACACACACACACACACACACACACACACACACACACACACACACACACACACACACACACACACACACACACACACACACACACACACGUGUAAAUACCAGCGGCAUGACAUCAUCUGUGUUUCAGUUGUUGCACGUGUUUGGAGACGGGACAGACUUUAAAUAAACUUUCAUUGGGAGCUUGA